AUGUCUACUGCACAGCCCAAAUGGGUUGUCGAGUUGAACAAUGGCCUUCCAGCCAAACCCAAAAACGCCAAUAGUAUACCCGAUCCGCCUGGGCUCUCAGCAGCCAAAUCAGUCACAGGGAAACAGAAGUCGCAAGUAGUGGGCAGGAAACCUCCAACCGCAGAGGAAACAGCGACCUUGAAACUCAAGAAAGCAUGGGAGAUUGCUCUUGCGCCCGCUAAGCAAGUCCCGAUGCAGGCCAUCAUGGCCUACAUGUCGGGAAACUCCCUCCAAAUCUUCUCCAUCAUGAUGGUAUUUAUGCUCUUCAAGAACCCUAUCCAAGCUAUCUCGCAAACCAACAUGGCCUUCUCGCGGUUCGAAAGUGCAGGAUCUCGCGGGCAGAUGCUGGGGAUAAAGGCUGUCUACGUCUUGAUGCAAUGCCUGCUACUGGGGUUGGGUAUCUACAAGGUGAACAGCAUGGGUUUACUGCCUACAACGCGAAGUGACUGGCUGGCAUGGGAAUAUGAAAGACAACCUCUGGAACGAGCAUAUUUUGCAUUUGGUCAAUGA